UAAGAACGCAGGCCCCAACACCCGCGUGCAACGGCUCAACCGAUGCCGCAUGCCCACAGCUCUGGUAUCGUUUCCAGAUUUCCUCGAGUCCGUGCAGGGCCGUUAGCAUUGGAGUUUAUGUCUAAUCCGCCGCACACUCGUCCCGAAGUGCCUCUUCAACGUUCGCACGCCCAAAAUGACAUAGUGAAAAAGGAGUCCAGCCCCGCUUGUCACGCCUUCUCUAUUGCAGCUGCACUGAAAGCUACUUAUACAUCAGCAAACAGGUACGCGAAGCUUACGGGAGUGGUCGGCGACGGUGUGACUUUCGUGACAGCACCUCGAUGUUCAGAGCUAGCAGUGACUGUCGAACCUGAUAAGUUCCACCGCCCAAGUUGCAAUUGACGAAAAGAGAACUCAAGCGACGAUGACAACCGUGUUUGCCGUCGGCGAGUCUGUGCACCCUUACUUCCUGGCUUUCUAUAGCGGUCUCCUUUCAUCAUUCUCUUUGUACUCCCAACCUAUUCG